AUGUCCCGCACCGCAGAUUCUGAAGUCAGCUGGGGUGCCCUUUGGCAGACUGAGACCCCCCCGAGGAAACUGCUGCAGAGGCUUGCAUACUUGGGGUCUAUCGAAAGCUGUGUAGGGCACCAGGUCAAGAGCUUGGCAAAGCUCAGCCAGCUAGCACCCCCGGGCCCGAUGCUGCUCUCUCCUGCUAGUGCGAUUCCUGAGCGCUCUGCAAUUUGCGCGCAGACUUCUAGAGUGAUUCUCCUGCACGCUGCCCCCCACACGCGCUGUCGCACGAGACGCGCGUACCGGCGUGACACGCAGGCAGCGCUGGCCAGGUAUCCCAAUCCCUUGGUGACGUAG